CUCUGCGCGCACUGCGAAGCCCCUUGGACUCCUCUCCUCCUCAUCAUCCUCCUCCUCAUCCUCACCCUCCGCGUCUGUCUCUCUGAAACCUCCCCACACCAGGACUCAUCUCCCCCUCUCACAAGAAGCUGUUUUAACUUUCCGAAAGGCGACAACAUUUCAACCGACUUUCAAGGCAAACGGUUUAUUGGGUAGAGAGACCUUCAUUUUUACAGAGGAGAGAGAUUACGAUACUGUGACGGCGGUGGUAAUGCCGAGCGGAAACCUGUUCGCCCGAAAUGAUUGGCUAUUUCCACAAAUGAGAAAGUCUGAGAAAUGUAUUUUUCUCUGGGCGACACCGUCAGCAACCCAGCCAUAAUGUACAGGCGGAAACAAGCGAGUGUUUGCAUCCUCAAAACAAUACUUGGAUUGCCAAGAACUCAAAGAUCUAAGAGUGCUGAAUGCUGAAUGCCAUUACCAUCUUCACUGACAUCUGUACAUUGAGGAUCCUGUUUCACCAGUCACUCUUCCAAUUCCUCGCUAGAGCUAAAAAUCACUGAGAAGCUCCACCCGCUCACCUUUUGACCCCUGCUGCUAUGGAGAAUCUCAGUGAGCUCCAGAACCCGCUGUUGGACAAAAACAGUAAGCACAUGGUCAACGGUUAUGGGGGAGACUUCCCUAAUAACCAGUACCAGGAGAACAUUAUUAAUUACUUUGCCGGAGGCGGAGGUGGAGGUGAGGGCGGAGGAGGAGGUGGAAAGGUGAGUAAUGGCAAUGUUGUGAGUGGAGGAGGUUACAAUACCAACGGAAAGAUGAAGUCUCAGCAGCUUUUGGAUGCCACCUCACUGCAUCUGGCAGUGGAGGCCUUCUACAGGCCCAACUUCAUCCUGUACAAGGAGGACAGCGGCAGCAUCAAGGCUAAGGAAUACAAAAGUGAGUGUUGCGAGACCACCUUCACAGAGAAGAAGGUGAAGGAAGCGUCGAACACAGCGGGGCCGGAUGCGCCUGGCACGGAGGACCCCCAGGCGAAGCUGCUGGAGGAUGGCGAACACAUCAAGAUCCAAACAGUUUCCUAUGAGGUGGAGGAGGAAGAGUAUGUGGAGUACGAGACAGACUGCUCCAGCGACAGUGAGAGUGAGGACAACUUCAUAGUCGUCCCUCCUCGAGACCACCUGGGUCUGGCUAUCUUCUCCAUGCUCUGCUGUUUCUGGCCCUUGGGAAUCGCAGCAUUUUACUUCUCACAGGGGACCACCAAGGCGGUGCACAAAGGUGACUUUCCACUGGCCAACAUCGCCUCCCGACGCGCUUUGUUCCUAGCUGCCCUCUCCAUCACUAUAGGCACUGGUGUGUAUGUGGGGGUGGUGGUUGCUCUCAUUGCCUACCUUUCGAAACCAGGACACAUAUAGCAGCCACACUUUCCCGCCACACACUCCAGGGAGCCCAGGAAGAGAACCUCUCGGGAACAGCAUUGCUCCUGCAGGUUUCAAAGAAAGUUUUUUGGAGAUGUACAGUUUUUCCCUCCACCUUCCUUUCUUUCCAGUCUUCUCUCCCCACAGGCCCUCUGUCAACCGAGAUUAGCCACAGUGACUGGAGAGAGGUCAAGCUGGAGGGUGAGAAGAGGGGGAAUUGGGGAUAGACUAAGUUUUUUCUUUUUUUUGAGGCAGGGAGUGGGUUUGAGUAAUGGAAGUAUUCCAUGUUGGAGCCCAGUUUGCAUCCCAUUGACAUAAAUCCCUGUUGGCUUCAUCUUCUUAUGGUUGGCUGUUUUUUAACUUCCAAGACCCCUGCAGAGACUUUGAGGAGAAAAAACUGAGACAAUAUUAGUUCCUUAAACUUUUGAGCAAUUAGCAGAGGUCGAAGAGAGUUAGAAAUCAACACAGUAUCACACUCAAACCACGUGUAUGUUGUCUGCAGUAAAACCCAGAGCGUCUCUGUGGAGUCCUGUCUCCUCCUGUUUCCCGUCAUCUCAGUUUGCCUCCCAGGACAGUAUUUAACGUAUCACGUUAAUCCAUCUUGACAAAGGAGUGCUUACAUUUCCAGAGAAACUUUCAAAAUGUACAGAACUACUGUGCUGACAAUAAUGUUAUCAUUAAAGAAUAAAACUCUGAGAGGUGGAAAAAAAAUGAUCAAAUAAGAUUUGCAGAGACUGUUUCUUUCUCAUCGAACAAUAUGCAGUGGCAUGAAUUACAAGAAUCUCAAGCCUGUGCUUUACCUCUAAGAGGGCGUUACUAUCCAACCAUUGAAGACCUGAAAUCUAACAAAAUCAUACCAGACAGGGUUUGCCUAUAUGAAUACAAAUGUGUUUUGUUUUUACGUUUGUCUUUUUGCGCUCCCUGCUGUCUAAAGGCACCUUGAUUAAUCUCGCUUUAAGUAAUGUUCAUUUAUAGCCUUUGAAGUAAAGCACAGAUGUGCAGUGGCCAGAUGGUCAGAAAUUCAGGGGAACGGUGUCCAGCGUCUCACACGUUUGCUGCAUGUUUCUGGAUGCAGCAAACGAGGAUGUUAUAAAUGUUAUAAAUCAGGUAGAUAAUGUCAUUAAAAGGCAGGCCUUACGUAUCCUCUGGGGCUGCACAUAUAAACAAAAGUGUUACAAUCUGACAGCUUUGAAUUUAGCUGUGAUCAGUUAUUCUUUGCAUGACUCUAGCUAUGCCAGCAGUAUACUGCUACGCAUGAUUGAUUGGAUUUAGAACUUGUUUUUGUCAGAUCAUAAAAAAAAGUUUCAAUUAAAAUUGAUCAGGCUGUGAAGGGGGUCAUAUUUUUGGCAGUAUUUUAACCAACAUUCCUCAAUUAAGCUAUUAACACAAAUAGCAUUCUACAGUAAUAAAAUGCUGAGACAUUUCUAUUUGUUUCCUCACACUUUUUCAAGAAUUCCCACGCAAGUUUGGAAACAGACACUCAUGCAGACAAAUUCAUUGAAUCUUUCUAUGAAGGGCUUAUUGAUUACCGAUGUUUUGGUUUGUGUUUCUUUUAAAUAAUGUAAAAUUAAAGCCAGGCAGAUGCUAGUUCAAGCAGUGAAGCCUCAAGAGGUGACAUUAUACACUUGGUUUCCCUGCACACGUCCCGCAUUAGUCAUACCUGACAUUUAUGGUGCACAAUUAGCUCCCCGUAAUGGCUUUUUCUGAAGGAAUGUGUACUGUCUGGAGCAUAGCCCUAAAAUAGCACAACCACAUUAAUUUCACUAAUAAGCCCACUUUUGGCAUCACCGCUUGCAGUCAGACCCUGCAAGUAAACAAUCCAUUUACACAUCCCCAGCUCUGUGAACAUUUUAAAAUAAACAUGUAAGUCAGUUCUCUUGUGCUAAUGAAGAGUGAAUAUUGCCCAUAUUCUCCACGAGGGGACAUUUCAAAGUGUGCUUUGCUUAAAUAAAAACUGCAGCUACGACUUCAAGCUUUUUUUUUUCUUUUUUUCUUUCUUUUUUUUUUUUUUGCUGCCUUUGUGAGUAAACAUCCAGUUGUCUUUUGAUUAAAGGCAGUCAGAUAAAGACCUCGAUGAGCUGAACGCUGAUUGAUUUCUAGGCAUUUGCUCGGAGCCAUCGCAUUCACCUCAUUGAGUAUCUGGUCAUCUGAAAAGCUCGUUAUUCCUGGUUAUUACACUGUAUAUGUUUGGCCUUUUAAACGCUGACCCCUUCUGACCACAUGUUCCAGUGUUAACUCAUGAUUCCACAACAGUGUGCGUACAAAUCAUGACCAUCACUGUAACUAAACUAAAAGACUCUGUAUGUUUGCUUUCAUCUCUUGGAGAACGUUUUAUCGCUGAUAAUGAUGAACAUGCUUUGUGUUAUGUAGCGUGCCAUUCAAAUGAUGUAUUUUUAUCUGGCUUCUUUGGCAACCUGGUAUUGUGCGAUGUGUCACAACAGUAUGUGGUUUUCAAUGCUUUUUUUUUUUCCUCACUGUGAUGAGCUGAUGUACACAUCCACGCGACAAAGACAUUUGCUGAUGCGUUCCUCAAUGCCAGGGUGAUAGUGUUCUCUCUGUGUCGUGCUCUUAAGCCGAAAUUAAAGAAGAAGACUUCUGUUUUUUUAAUUUACAUUUCUGUUUUGGGAUUAUUUUUUUUGUGUGUGUGAAGGCAACAUGUACAUAAUGCAAAUAAAGACAUGUUCAAAUGUAA